CUCGACAUGUUACACGACUUCCGAAACUGUAAGUAUGUGAGUGCAGAGAUCAGCUGCUGCUGACUAAAAAACUCCAUUAAAAAGUUCCCUCUGUUCACCGUCCCACGAACUACUCCCUUCACUCUGCUCCUCUCCUCGUGGUGGAGUAACUUGCACUGUCAAGUAAAGGCGUUGGAGUUGGACAAAUAAAUGGGGGACGAAAAGGACGCUUUUUAUGUUGUUCGUAAAGGGGAUGUGAUCGGUGUUUAUAAGAACUUGAGCGAUUUACAAGCUCUGCUCCGAACUUCUGUUGGCGAACCAGCCAUGAGUGUUUUUAAAGGGUACCGCCUGGCUAAGGAAUCUGAAGAGUAUCUGGCCUCUCAUGGACUCAAGAAUGCAAUGUAUUCUAUGGAUUUCAGCGAUGUCCGAGAUGAUCUCUUUGGGAUACUCAUCCCAUGUCCUUUUCGGCAACCUGGCUCUUCCAAAGAUAAAAUUAUUGGGAAGAAUUUUCAGGAGAAGAGGAUGCAGACAGAGGUGGUGGCAUCUCCUUCAUUUUCAGCUGCUGGUCAGCAAAAACAUGCCAAAUUAGACAAUUUCCUUGAAGUUCCCCCAAUUUCGUCAUAUUGUCCCCCCUAUAUGCAGUGUUCUUGCACUCUUGAGUUUGAUGGGGCUUCAAAGGGGAAUCCUGGACUAGCUGGUGCCGGGGCUGUUCUACAUGCUGGUGAUGGAAGUAUGGUUUUCCGGUUGCGCGAAGGUGUGGGUGUUGCAACUAACAAUGUUGCUGAAUACAGAGGCCUAAUCUUAGGGCUAAAAUAUGCUAUUGAGAAAGGUUUCAAACAUAUUAAAGUUCAGGGUGACUCAAAACUUGUCUGCAUGCAGACUCAGGGAAUCUGGAAAUGUAAGAACCAGAACAUGGCUGAGCUAUCCAAGAUCGUCAAAGAGCUUAAAGAUCAGUUUAUAUCAUUCCAGAUCAACCAUAUAUUAAGAGAAGGCAAUACUGAAGCUGAUGCCCAGGCAAAUUUAGCUGUGUAUCUCAAGAAUGGUGAAAUUCAAGUGGAAUGUGACAUGAAAUAACUUAUAAUAAUGUGAAGUUACCGACUACCUCAAUUAUUGGGAUUUUGGGAAGGAUGAAUGACCCCAAAAACGAGUAUUGGGUUCUCUUUGGUCUCAAACUGCGUCUUGUAGAUAUAUGAUCUGAAUUAUGUGCAUGUAACCUAAUUAUAUGCAUCUGGACUAGUGUAACUUGUGUUUAGGGUGUACUCGAAUAAACUAUUCUCUGGUUUCAGGUGCAAUGAAAAUUAGUAGGUCUAAUUGAGUUUUGAGAAUGUGAAA